UUACAAGGACAGUCGAUAUGCCACUUUGUACCUAAACUUAUCAAAAUAAUUUCAACACUCAUUAAACCUGAUAACGAAUAGAAAUUAUUUAUUUUUUUUUUUUCAUACAACAAAGUUUAUAUAAGAAUUUAAAAACUAUUUUUUAGUUUUGUUUAUUUAAUUUCUAUCAUAAGGGUAAUUUCAAUGCAGGGCAGUGUUUAUUAGUAAAAGCGUCAGUUACUUUCCAGAACAAUCUCCACGAAAAAAUAACAAACAAAUUAAUAUCUAUUACGUUGUUGUUAUUAUUCAAUUAAUAUUAUUUUAUACAAUCAUGUUGAUUUUUAGUUAAUUAUUCGUGAUAAACAGUACUUAAACUUGAGAAAAAAAAAAAAGAUAAAUUGUUAUUGAAUUACUAAAAUAAUAACAAAAACAAUCAACACAUUUAUUAUGGCUAAAAAAAUAACUGCGCAUAUAUGAUAUUAAAUAACUGUAGGAGAAUUGAAUGAUAUUUAUAUAAUAAUAAAAAAAAAACAAUGGGACCAAAUAUAACAUCAGCACCAACAGGUGUUUUAUUUGAAAAUGAAUUGGAAGUAAAUCCACAAACACAAUUAACAACAGAAAUUAAAAAUAAAAAAAUAUUUAUUAGAAAAAUUGUAUGGAGAAAUGUUUUAGCAUUUGUUAUAUUACAUCUUGCUGCUCUCUAUGGACUUUAUCGUGCUUUAACAAGUGCUAAACUUUUAACUACAUUAUUUGCAUAUUGUUUAUACGUAUGUGGUGGACUAGGAAUAACAGCUGGAGCUCACAGAUUAUGGUCACACAAAUCAUACAAAGCAAAGCUACCACUUCGUUUGAUACUUAUGGUUUUUAAUUUAUUGGCAUUCCAGAAUUCAAUUUGGGAAUGGUCAAGAGAUCACAGAGUACAUCAUAAAUACAGUGAAACAGAUGCUGAUCCUCAUAAUGCUAAACGUGGUUUUUUUUUCUCUCAUGUUGGUUGGUUAAUGUCUAGAAAACAUCCAGAUGUCAUAGAAAAAGGUAAAGGUCUUGAGAUGAAAGAUCUUGAAGCUGAUCCAGUUGUUGCUUUCCAAAAAAAAUAUUAUUUUUAUUUGAUGCCUAUUGUUGCAUUUGUUAUACCAACAGCAGUACCAAUGUAUUUUUGGAAUGAAACAUACUGGAAUGCCAUGCUUGUUGCAACUUUGUUACGUUAUGCAAUUACAUUAAAUAUGACAUGGCUUGUUAAUUCAGCAGCACAUUUCUUUGGUCCAAGACCUUAUGACAAAAAUAUAAAUCCAUCAGAAAAUAUUAGUGUUGCAAUUGGUGCAUUUGGUGAAGGAUGGCAUAAUUAUCAUCAUGUUUUUCCAUGGGAUUAUAAAGCAGCUGAACUUGGUAGUUAUGGUCUUAAUUGGACAACUGGAUUUAUUGAUUUUUUUGCUAAAAUUGGUUGGGCAUAUGAUUUAAAAGUUGUUGAAAAAGGAAUGAUACAAAAUCGUGUUAAAAGAACUGGUGAUGGUAGUCAUGAAGUUUGGGGUUGGGGUGAUAAAGAUCAAACUGUUGAAGAUCGUAAUGCAACAAUUAUUCAUAAUCCAAAAGACCAAUAAAAUUAAUUAAAUUAUAUUUCAAUUAAAAAAACAAAAAGAGUUGAAAUGAUAAUAAUUUAACCAAUGUCCAUUUCGUCGAUUUAUUUAAAAAAAAAAAAAAUUGAAUUGACUUCAGGUUUUAAUGUGACAAAUAAGAUGAUAAUUUAUUUGUUCAUCCUAUAAGAUAUAUUUUUCUCUCUUAUUUUAUUUACUAUAUUAUUAUUUUUAUUAUUAUUAUUACUAUUAUUAUUAUUAUUAAUUUUUCUUUUAUAUAUUUAUUAUCAUCAUUAAAUCAUCAAUUUGAUAUUUGUACAUUUCCAAAAUAAACUUGCCUAGCCA